AAGCAAUAUAAAAACAAUGAUUGUGAAAAAUAAUUUUAGUCCACAGUCCACAUAUCGGGUAGUUUAUUUUAAAAAUAAAAAUGAACCCUUGUCCCACAGUGUAGUUUGUUAAUUUAUUUAAGCAGGUUAAUAGUACCUAAAUAUGAUGAACUACGCUACUACGGGUUUGCAUUAUUUUCACUGAUUGGCCAAGUUAUCGCUCUAAUAACAUGAAUGAAUAACAAUAUAAUAAUUAGUAAUACGUAAUGUUCAGUGUUCAGUUCUUCUAUACUAAACAAAACGUUGAUAGGGAAAACUGCCGCCCGACCUACCUUACUGCACCGUUUCGAUCAGCUGUAACCGGUUAGCCGUCAAUGCGCGUGAAUUUUUGUGUAAUUCCCGUGUCAUUCGCGAUCCGAUACCGGUGUGAGUGCGUUACCGUCUUGCCGUUUUACGGGAUUUUUUUGUACCUACUGCACGGGCAAAGUUUAAGCAUUAUUAUUUAUUACUGGCACCUUACCUUUAUCUUAUCGUCAAUUCACCAUCACUCGCACCUCACCGUCAGUUUUACCCAUGGUUGGCACGUCACAACGGCAAUGGAGGUGUUAUAUUCCUGGAUAAUAUAUUCAUGUUUAAUUUUUGGAUCCAGCAUUUUGUGUGAUAGAAAACUCGAAAUACAACAAGCUGUAUCAUCUCCCUCGGAAGAUAUUGAUGAUAUGUUUUAUUGUUCAAAUGGACUGCGUAUAGAAUGGUCAUCGGUUUGCGAUGGUCAUAAGGAUUGUCCAGAUGGUUUAGACGAGAUAAAAGAGUUGUGUGCACGAUACGAAUAUGGAGCAAAUAUCAGCAUGGAUUGCGGUACAGUAUCCAAAGAAAUUAAAAGUAAACAUUCGUUAGAAGCAACACCUUGGGUAGUUGAUAUAUAUAAAUUUGAAAAACAAUCAAACUCAUAUUAUGGUUUACACGAUGAACGGGCGGACUCAAAUUAUUACCAUUUAGGUUUAGGAACAAUUGUUUCUCCAAAUGUAGUAGUUGCUGCGGCUAAAAUUUUUUGGGAUAGUGAUAUAAGAUCUAAGCAAAAUUCAAUAGACGGUAAUAGUAGAUAUUUGUUUAAAAUUGAUAUUCCACAAGCUGACAGUGAUAUAUCUCACUAUUAUAUUGAUGCAAAAAUGAUUUACCUGUUUGAUGAAGCACAUAUUAUUGAAAAUACUCAUGAUUUAGCUGUAAUUGUGUUAGCAAACAAAAUUUCGUUUAGUAAUGUUGUUACACCUGUUUGUAUCGAUUGGUAUAGUAAAUAUAAAGUACGCAAUGGAACUUACGGAAAGAUUGCUGGUUUUAAUGAUCAGUCUCAACUUAAUCAUUUAGUAUUACAACGAUUUUUUCCACACAUCGACAACAGUUCCUGCUUAAGAACUUACAAUAAAGACAAUUUUCACUUUUGCAUCAAAUUGCAAUUGAAGGAAAGAGGAGGUAAUAGAUUUGAUUUCCAAAGCUUAAGCUUUUUACAAUCUAAUUCAUAUUUUUUAACUGGGAUAACGAGUUGUCGGCCUUAUAUUUUUUCGAAUAAUAUGCAUAGCAAAAUAAACAUAGAUUUUAUAGACAUAAAAAACUAUAUUCCAUGGAUUCGUGGAAUUUUGAACAAACAUAGCACAGCGAAUUCAUGUGUUUUACCAGCUAUCGAAGGAGUUGUAUAUUCUUAUGAAGAUUCUCAUUCAAUUUUAUCAACCCGGACAUUAAUUGAUCCUUACACUACAGUUAUUGAGAACUGUGAAGUUGGAUAUCAUAAAGCUCAUCCUAAUGGUUUUAGAGUUUGUCAGAGAUAUGGAACUUGGAAAACGGAUUCUGAUAAAUUAUGUUUGAAAAUGUGUCCACCUCUACUAUCAGAUAGCUUAGAUAUUAAAUGCAGUUAUAAUGGUAACUAUGCUAAUUGCUCAAAUGUAUCGAUACCUCACACAAUAGCAACACUAAAAUGUAAGCCUACUUAUACUCUACCAAAUGGACAUAAAGAAACUCCACAUGAAUUACAAUGUCAGUCCAACGGAUUGUGGGAUAAUCAAUUAUAUAAAUGCCAGCCAGCGAGUUCAUGUGUUUUACCAACUGUCGAAGGAGUUGUAUAUACUUAUGACGGUUCUAAUGAAAGUUUAUCCCACGGGACAUUAAUUGAUCACGGCGUUACCGUAAAUGAGAACUGUACAUUUGGAUAUCAUAAUGUUUAUCCCGAUAGUUUUCGGGUUUGUCAGAGAAAUGGAAAAUGGAAACCUGCUCUUCAUAAAUUAUGUUUGAAAAUGUGUCCACCUCUUCUAUCUGAUAGUUUAGAUAUUCAAUGUAGUUAUAAUGGUAAGUAUGCUAAUUGCUUAAAUCUAUCGAUACCUGACACAAUAGCAAUACCAAAAUGUAAGCCUGCUUAUGUUUUACCAAACGGACAAAAAGAGACUCCAAUUGAAUUACAUUGUAUGUCGAACGGAAUAUGGAAUAAUGAACUAUAUAUAUGCGAACCAGAUUGUGGUAAACCAUUUAUCAAAACCCAAAUAUUGAUCAAAAAUGGCAAAACAGCAAAUGUUGGAACCGCACCUUGGUAUAUCGCCAUAUAUAAAAAAAAAUCCAAUUAUGAAUUCCUUUGUGGAGGAUCAAUUAUUUCUCGAAAUUUAGUCGUUUCUGCGGCUCAUUGUUUUUGGAAAAUAGGUAUGCCAUAUAAUAUAACAAUAGUCGACGAUCUUUACAAAAUUGUUGCUGGAAAAUAUUAUAGAAACUUUGAAAUUUUUGAUAUAGAAAAUCCUCAAAUUAUAAAUGUGGAUAGGGUUCAUCUGAAAGAAGCUUUUUUUGGUCUUUCCGCGUAUUAUGCUGAAGAUAUAGCUGUUGUUGUGUUACAUAACAGUGUUUCUUUUAGUAAUGGUAUUACACCUAUAUGUAUGGAUUGGUAUGGUGAUUACAAAGUAUCCAAUGGAGAUGAAGGAAAGAUUGUUGGUUGGGGAAAAGAGGAAAAUGGCAUUUCAAGUCCCGUUUUAUUAGAAACACGGUUACCAUACAUCGACAUGAGGUCUUGCCGGAGCAUGUGUACAUUUGGAUUUAAACCAUAUGUGACUCAUGAUAAGAUUUGUGCCGGUUCUUCAUUGGUUUCAGCACAUGGUGUAGAUAAGGGAGACAGUGGUUCAGGCUUAUGUUUUUUACAUUCUAAUUUGUAUUAUUUAACCGGAGUAGUGAGUCUCAAGGACCCAGACGCAAAUAAUUCAAUCUCACUUUUUACAUCAGUUAAUAUUCACAUUCACUGGAUUCGUGGACUGUACUUAAAAUAUCACACAAUGUCAAUAAAGGUGGCGUAUUUCUGGAUAAUAUUUUCAUGUUUAAUUUUUGGAUCAAGCAUUUUGUGCGAUAAUAUACAAUAUCAAGAAUAUGAACAAUUUCAACAAAUUCCACCAACUCAACAAAUUCGAAAUUUUUCGACAACAGAAGUAAUUCCACAAACUCAUGAAAUUCAAAGACCACCAUUUAUUCAAUACCAUAAUAUAUCGAGUUCAUGCGUAUUACCAGCUGUCGAAGGAGUUGUAUAUACUUAUGAAAAUUCUAAUGAAAGUUUAUCUCCCGGGACAUUAAUUGAUCAUGGCGUUACCGUAAAUGAGAACUGUACAUUUGGAUAUCAUAAUGUAUAUCCCAAAAGUUUUCGGGUUUGUCAGAGAAAUGGAAAAUGGAAAACUGCUCUUCAUAAAUUAUGUUUGAAAAUGUGUCCACCUCUUCUAUCUGAUAGUUUAGAUAUUCAAUGUAGUUAUAAUGGUAAGUAUGCUAAUUGCUCAAAUCCAUCGAUACCUGACACAAUAGCAACACAAAAAUGUAAGCCUGUUUAUAAUUUACCAAACGGACAAAAAGAGACUCCAAUUGAAUUACAUUGUAUGUCAAACGGAAUAUGGAAUAAUGAACUACGUAUAUGCGAACCAGAUUGUGGUAAACCAUUUAUCAAAACCCAAAUAUUGAUCAAAAACGGCAAAACAGCAAAUGUUGGAACCGCACCUUGGAAUAUCGCCAUAUAUAAAAAAAAAUCCAAUUAUGAAUUCCAUUGUGGAGGAUCAAUUAUUUCUCGAAAUUUAGUCGUUUCUGCGGCUCAUUGUUUUUGGGAAAAAGGUAUGCCAUAUACAAUAAUAAUAGUCGACGAUCUUUACAAAAUUGCUGCUGGAAAAUAUUAUAGAAACUUUGAAAUUUUUGAUAAUGAAAAUCCUCAAAUUAUAAAUGUGGAUAGGGUUCAUCUGAAAGAAGCUUAUUAUGGUCAUUACGGGCGAUAUGCUGAAGAUAUAGCUGUUGUUGUGUUACAAAACAGUGUUUCCUUUAGUAAUGGUAUUACACCUAUAUGUAUGGAUUGGAAUGGUGAUUACAAAGUAUCCAAUGGAGAUGAAGGAAAGAUUGUUGGUUGGGGAAAAGAGGAAAAUGGCAUUUCAAGUCCCGUUUUAUUAGAAACACGGUUACCAUACAUCGACAUGAGGUCUUGCCGGAGCAUGUGUACAUUUGGAUUUAAACCAUAUGUGACUCAUGAUAAGAUUUGUGCCGGUUCUUCAUUGGUUUCAGAACAUAGUGUAGAUACGAGUGACAGCGGUGCAGGCUUAUGCUUUUCACACUCUAAAUUGUAUUAUUUAACCGGAGUAGUGAGUCUCAAGGACCCAGACGCAAAUAAUUCAAUCGUACUUUUUACAUCAGUUCAGUACCACAUUGACUGGAUUCGUAGACUGUAUAUCGAUUAUAUGAAAGUACUAAAUAGUUAAGUUCCAGUACAUGGUGUUUAUGAGCCAUGAGGGAGACAUCGGUGCAGGAUUAAGCUUUUUACACUCUAAUUCUUGUUAUUUAACCAAAGUAAUGAUUCUCAAGGAUCCAGAAGCAAAUAACUCAAUCACAAUUUUUAAGUUCAGUACCACAAUCAAUGGAUAAUUAAGUCUAAUAAUAAGUAAUGUUAUGAAAAUAAUUUAUUCGAACUACUGAAAUAAAUCUUUGUAUUUCGUGUAAUUAUAUUUUUACUUAUGUGUAAACAUGUUAUACAGUUCUUAUAAUAAUUCUUCAUUUAAAUAAAUCAUAAUAGAUACCUACAUAUGUACCAAUUUUGCAUUGUACUUACAUUAAUGGUUUUAUAUUAAUUACUAUAUUAUGUACUAUGCAUUGUAUUGACAUUGUAUUUGACAACAAAUAUUUGAACGAGUAAUUUUAUAGUUAUAUAACUUUUUAUACCAAUUAUAAUUUGUCUAUAUUUAUGUUUACAACGAUAGAUUUGAAAGCUUAGAUGAUUUAAAACGUUCGCAAUUAUUAUUGAUAUAUCAAAUAAUGCACAAUAAAAUAAUAAAUAAUACAUCUAAUAUUAAGUCAC